AUGAGGAAAGAGAGAGACCUGGACAAAGCGCAGGUCGUCUACACCUCAGGGGAUAAGAGCUUUGAGCUGCAGGUGGCAGAGGACCGGCAUAAGGAGGUGGUGUGUGUUCUGAAGAGGCUCCAGUGGUAUGCUGAGAACCAGGAGCUGCUGGACAGAGACUCUGCCAGACUGAGGGCUGCCACCGCAGACACACACAAACGCACAGAGCAGGUGGAAAAGCUGAAGAUGGAGGUGGGGAAGAGAGCCAAUCAGAGUAAGACUAAAGAGCGAGCUGGAGACGCUAAGAGGAUACAGGACCUAGAACGACAGGUGAGUCAGUUGAGAAAUAUUUCCUGUGUGUGUGUGUAUGUGUGUGCGUGCAUGUAUCCCUGAAUAGCGGCACAUCCAGAGGCUGGAGGCGGAGCUAGAGAGCCAUGACGACGAGGUCAAACGCAGCCUCCGAGCCAUGGAACAGCAGUACCAGCGGAUUAAGGUCUGUCCAUACUCUCAGCUGAGUGGCACUGUUAUGUACUCAUACAGCUCUGUGUUACCAUUCCCUGUCACUAGCCCUCAGUCCUGUACCAAUUAGCACUCUACACAUACUUACAGCGACUUACUCCGACAUACAUGGCCUUGCUGUUAACACAACCGCUUCAAACUGCCACUUAGCUGAAGAUGUUCAUCCUCAACACAAAACACUCUGAAUGUCCUCUCUCACACAAAGGAAAGAUAAGAACAGUGAUGUGUCCUCGCUGUUCCCCCAGUUCUCUUCAUGUCUUUUCAGAGAGGGGUCAGAGGGCAAGUUCCAACAGCCUUGUACAACACUUGAAUUGACAGUUCUGUCCGACGCU